AUGUAAUUGGAUUAUCCAAUUAUAUUUAAUCGGACAUUUUUCUCAGUGUACAAAUUUAUUAUGCGUGGAAAAGAUUAAGAGAAACAUGGAAUGUACGUAACCCAGGUAGAACAUCCAACUUCUAAUGACAUCACGAUGACGUUAUUAUGACUUUCUUCCUUUAAUAGUUACAACGUCAUUGAUGCCAUCGUGGAUCCAAUGUUCUACCUGGGAUACAUCAAUAGACACCUCGAUUUUUUUCUUCCAAAAGACGUUAUCGUCAGCAAAAAUAUAUCAAUGCCGGAAUCUUUCUCCCAAUGUCAAUAACGGGAGACAAUCUGUUUAUUCACAAGACAACUCGUAACGGAGUUGCUGCGGUUUGCGAAGUGAAUUAGAGCUAUUUUGCCGAGCGUCAUUUCUUCUCGUUAGCGCAGCUGCGCCGGCUGAAUAAGUUCUGUCCGCGGGAGAAAAUCGAAAUUGUCGCGGAAUAGCGUUAGUAAUAGCAUAAACGUCAACCGUGGCAGUCUCGCGUCAUCCUGCCUGUAAAACGGACAAUGCGUAGCGACAAGCGCACAGCCGCAGCGCGAAACAAUCGAAAUGUCGCGCGCAACAAUGCGAGACGUGCGCGGACAAUAUAUUCACGUUCGCGCAAACGGUAGUUACAGUUACAAGUCUAUAUAGAAGACACUCGCUUCGAAAUCACGGCCAUUCAUCCUCCAAUAUCAGCAUGUUACGCAUUUUAACUUUGAUUCUCUUCCUACGCCUGCCUUCCGCCUCGCUGUCAACGGAAGUAACGUCGUACGCGAAGGUAUCGCGGAACGGACAGCCAGGAAGAAGCUCGCAGGAUUCUUUUUCGUGGAUCACCAGGCCCGUAGCGAGAAACAGCACGAUCGUGGAGAACGAAAGUAGGAGUAUAAAUGACGUUGUUAUCACAGCAUCGCCCGUGUACGUUCCGCCGAGAACGCCGAAACUGAAGAAAGGCGAGGCGAUCGAUCAUCCAGUCGGCCCGAGAUAUUCGACGCUGGAUCGUGAAAUGAUAGCCAAGUUGGACGCGGAUAAAAAGCGAAUUCAACAGCGAUUUAAUCCACCUGCGGCUGGACUCUUCGACAAAGACCCUGUUGUUCAGGCGAGCGCGAGGCCGCAGAAAGGAGCGAGCGCGUUGGACGCGGCAAGCUCUUCAAUGUACUCGUCAAGUAUAAACUCGUCCGCUUUCCUGGGUCCGAUCUUCCCUGGCAUAUACGAAUACAGCCCGAUGGGCCCAGUCCUGGACGACGAAUCGCCGAUGUCCAAACCAAUAAUCAGUAAAUACCCACCUGCACCCAUGGACAUGGAUGAUAAGAUUCCGGAUUCCUACAAACCGCCGCCGAACAAAUAUCACAUCAGCGACGAGCACGAAACGGACUAUCCUAGUUUCGAGAUAGCUUCUUCCUAUGAGAACACCGGACCAUCGAAACCCGUGAAAUUUGCGAACCAUCACGAUCAUCCGCCUCCGUUCGUAGAGGAUCCGUACGAACACGAUCACCAUGAUUUUCAUCACGAUGUGAUCUACGACCACAUACCUGUUUACCACGAGCACCAUCCCAAGACCACGACGGAAGAGCCGGAAAUGAACGACCAGCGACUCGACAAGAGGCCCUACUCGUAUUAUUUUAUAGGAAAGAAGCUCUGGUACAUACCGCUGUACUUCAGCAUCUAUUUCAUCAUAUAUAUUGCGGCGCUCGUACUGAAGAGCGUCGCUCGACACAAGAUCAAUUUUCCGGCUCACCUGGCGGAUGCCGCGACUCAUCGUAGAAGACGCGAAUCUAGCGAAGGAUGGUGGCAUUUUACCGAAAGUAUACUUGAAGGGUUGGAACAAUUCGCGGAAGCAUCUGGUAACAGUUCUGAACGUCUAGCGAAUUACCGCUGAAAAAAUCUCGGCGUACUUUUAAUAAUAGCUAUUCUCGUUUGCCGCUCGAAUAUUUUUGGAUACAGACGAUACAAAAGAUUAGGUGUAAAGGUUCAUGAUGUGUAAAAUAUCGUUAAGAACGUUUACCAUUUACAAUAAUUAUUUCUAAGAUAUACAUUAUUU